UUCGAAAGGUUUCAAUGAGAUCUCCCCUCACCCUUCUAAAUUCCAGCAAGUGUAGACCGAGAGUAAUCAAGUGUUCCUCAUAUGGCAACCCUUCCAUUCCUAGAAUCAUCCUUAUGAACCUCCUCUGGACCCUCACCAAUUCCAGCACAUCUCUUCUAAGAUGAGGAGCCCAAUACUCAAGAUGAGGUCUCACCAGUGCAUUAUAAAGCCUCAACACCAUAUCCUUGCUCUUGUAUACCAGACCCCUUGAAGUGAAUGCUGGCAUUGCAGUUGUCUUCCUCACCAUCGACUCAACCUGCUAGUUAACCUUUAGGAUGUUCUGCACAAGGUCUCCCAAGUCCCUUGGCAGCCCAGGUUUUUGGAUUUUCUCCCCGUUUAGAAAAUAGUCUGCACAUUUAUUUCUACUACCAAAGUUCAUGACCAUGCAUUUUUCAACAGUAUAUUUCAUUUGCCACUUUCUUGCCCAUUCUCCUAAUCUGUCUAAGUCCUUCUGCAUCCUACCUGUUUCCUCAACACUACCUGCCCCUCCACCAAUCUUCGUGUCAUCUGCAAAUGUAGCAACAAAGCCAUCUAUUUGAUCAUUUAAAUCAUUCAUAUACAGCUUAAAAAGAAGUGGUCCCAACACUGACCCCUGCAGAACACUACUAGUCACUGGCAGCCAACCAUAAGAUAUAGGAGAAGAAGUAGGCCAUUCAGCCCAUCGAGUCUGCUCUACCAUUCAAUCAUGGGCUGAUUCAAUUCUUCCAGUCAUCCCCACUCCCUCGUUUUCACCCCACACCCUCUGAUGCCCUGGCUAAUCAAGAACCUAUCUACCUCUGCCUUAAAUACACCCAAUGAGUUGGCCUCCACAGCCGCUUGUGGCAACAAAUUCCACAGAUUUACCACCCUCCGACUAAAGUAAUUUCUCUGCAUCUCAGUUCUAAAAGGCCGUCCUUCAAUCCUGAAUUCAUGCCCUGUUGUCCUAGGCUCCCCUACCAUGGGAAAUAACUUUGCCAUAUCUAAUCUGUUCAGGCCUUUUAACAUUCGGAAUGUUUCUAUGAAAACCCCUCUUCAUUCUCCUGAACUUUAGGGAAUACAGUCCAAGAGUUGUCAGACAUUCCUCAUACGGUAACCCUUUCAUUCCUGGAAUCAUUCUUGUGAAUCUUCUCUGAACCCUCUCCAAUGUCAGUAUAUCCUUUCUAAAAUAUGAAGCCCAAAACUGCACACAGUACUCCAAGUGUGGUCUCACGAGUGCCUUAUAGAGCCUCAACAUCACAUUCCUGCUCUUAUACUCUAUACCUCUAGAAAUGAAUGCCAACAUUGCAUUUAUCUUCUUCACAACUGGCUCAACCCAGAGGUUAACCUUUAGAGUAUCUUGCACAAGGACUCCCAAGUCCCUUUGCAUCUCUGCAUUUUAAAUUCUCUCCCCAUCUAAAUAAUAGUCUGCCCGUUUAUUUCUUCCACCAAAGUGCUUGACCAUAUACUUUCCAGCAUUGUAUUUCAUUUGCCACUUCUUUGCCCAUUCUCCUAAACUAUCUAAGUCUCUCUGCAGGCUCUCUGUUUCCUCAACACUACCCGCUCCUCCACCUGUCUUUGCAUCAUCGGCAAAUUUAGCCACAAAUCCAUUAAUCCCAUAGUCCAAAUCAUUGAUAUACAUCGGAAAAAGCAGCAGUCCCAACACCGACCCCUGUGGAACUCCACUGGUAACCAGCAGCCAGCCAGAAUAGGAUCCCUUUAUUCCCACUCUCUGUUUUCUGCCAAUCCACCAAUGCUUCACCCAUGCUAGUAACUUCCCUGUAAUUCCAUGGGCUCUUAACUUGGUAAGCAGCCUCAUGUAUGGCACUCUGUCAAAGGCCUUCUGAAAAUCCACUACACCAUGUCUGGACAUAUCUAGAUGCCCUUCAAGCAUGAUCGGUCUCAGGAAUGAGAAUGCACGUCAGACGAAAUUUUCAUGACCUCAUACUCUGUAGAUCAACAGAAAUGUGUCUCUUUUGUUGUGACACUCAUUUAGGCAUACACACACACAAACCCUUAAUCCUCCCCAAAUGAAUCCCACAGCCCCCACACACCCAAUCCUCUGCUACGCCAAGGGACAGGCUGUUGUCAGAGGGACACUGCUGGGAGAGCACCACACUGUCUUGGGGCAGCACUGACAGAGUGCCUCACUGUCAGAGGCCGGCCUGCGUUCGACAGCAAAAUGCUAUCUCAACUGGAAACCGCCAUGGAUACAAUCAUCAAAGUCUUCUACCAAUACUCAGGGGUAGAGGGAGACAAGUACACGUUGACCAACGCUGAACUCAAGAACCUAUUGCAAGGGGAGCUUGGAGCCUUCCUGAAGUAUCAGAAAGACCCCAACUCUGUGGAUGGCAUCAUGAGAGACCUGGACGUGAAUCGUGAUGGUCAGGUAGAUUUCCAGGAGUUCAUUCACUUGGUGACAGCCGUCACCAUCGCCUGCAAUGAAUUCUUCGUCGAACUUCUGAAGAAACAAGGAAAGUUGUGAAAGUGAACACAGGAUCUUGGAUUGGGCUUAGAGUUUUGGGACACGUCUACAAAUGCACAGAGAAUCUUGCGCAGAAAACACACAGACU